AGACAAGAGUUUAAACUAAUGGCUGAGGUCUUCCUUGGAGCUCGAGAAAGUGGGAACAUGCUUAAACUUCGAAUGUAGUUCUUUACAGAGUAAGCCCUCCGUCAUAGGGCUGUGUGUACCUAGACGAUCAAAUUCUGUUGCCUUUUCGUUACGAUGACAGGCACCCGAACUUAUCCUCACCAGCGAGGCAGAUGGCGCCAAUGCCGGUUAACUUCGAAUCGCCUUGGAAUAAUUCUCAUUGUUCUUAGCUUGAUGUGGGGAAUGUAUUUAAUUCAAGCACAACUAAAUGAAAGACAAUCACAGUCUGAAUACUUGAAGGAGAAAAUUAUUGCAUUAUCGAAAGAAUACAUCGAUGCAGUCGCGAAGGAGAAAGGCUUGCAUUUAACGCAGUUAGGAGCUAAUGGGGAUGUUGAAGUCCGUGAGAUGAAAAAGGCCACUGCAGUUCUUCUUCAAAAUAUGUUAUCAAGAAUAACGAAUCUUGAGGAACAAGUUGAAAGUGUCAUUAUAAAUAGUACUUCAGAAUUCCAACAUCUCACAAAUGCGAUCAAAUCGUUGAACAGAACAAUCAAUAAUAUUACCAAGGUAACAGGUGAGUAAGAAACUGUGUGAUGACACGACCAAUAUAACAUUGAGGGAAAAAUUACUAAAUGCUAAUUGGGCAAGGUGGAGGUCAUUUCAUCAGUGUUUUCUUAAUUACACCAAACUAACAUCAUAGGAAUUGUGGGCAGACAAUAACAAGAAUCGCGAGGUUAACAAGUCCUAACAUUCCUUGAGAAAGUCAUUCCAACAAUUGGCCAGUUGAUUAUGUGGUCAACAUGUUGGUGCAUCAGUUAGUCAGUCAGUGCCAGUCAAUCAGUUAGACAGUGAGAUAGUCA